AUGAUGAUCACUGCAGCUCGACUUUACCCUGCCAGGGCUCUCUUCGCUCGGCCAACCCGUAUAUCAUCAUGCCUCUUUAGCACUGCCACGACGCCGGUUGUGUCUCAAGGCGUGAGCGAAAGCCGACUGACAGACGAGCUGAACCAGUUGCUUCAAGCUGGAUGGACUCUCGACGAAACUCGCUGCGGCAUUGAAAAGGUCUAUUAUUUCAAAACAUACACUAAAUGCCAGGACUUCUUCAACACUGUUGCCAUUCGAAGUAAAGCGAAGAAUCACCAUUCCGUCAUGACGAUUAAAACCGGCUCUGUCCAUGUUCACUGGACAACCCAUCAUCCGCGUGGGCUCUCGUUGCAGGAUACCAUUAUGGCUCGAUACUGUGAUGAGCAGUCGUCAUCCAUUGGGACUGUGGAGCAGAACCAAAGCAAGAAAUGCCAUCCUACACCGGCAUAG